AUGAUAGACCGUUUUUCUCGUUGGCCUGAGGCUCAACCCAUCAAAGAUAUCUCAGCGGAGUCUGUUGCAGAAGCGUUUGUGACAUGUUGGAUUUCCCGGUAUGGAGUACCUUCGGUGGUGUCCACUGAUCAAGGACGACAGUUUGAGUCUGCUCUUUUUCGCUCUCUUGCGAAGCACCUGGAAAUUCAUAAGUCUAGAACAACCAGCAACCACCCUCAAUCAAACGACCUGAUAGAGGAGUUGCAUCGUCCCCUCAAAGCUGCUAUCAAGUGUUACGCCACUGAGCUGUGGACUGAAGUUAUCACUGUGAUUCUCCUUGGCUUCUGUGCUGCCUUGAAGGAGGACCUAGCCUGCACACCUGCCGAAUUGGUUUUUGGGUCUACACUUCGUCUGCCCGGUGAAUUUUGGGAUCUUUCUCGGCAACCACUUGAACCCAGCGAUUUUGUCAAUAAGUUACGAACACACAUGCAAGCUCUCCGUCCCGUAGGCGCAAAGAGACAUGGCGAAAGAAAGACUUUCGUGCAUCGAGAUUUGAAGAACUGUACCCAUGUUUUUCUUCGUCGCGAUAUGGUACGCCGUCCACUUUAA